GUUCACUUGACACUCCAUACCCAAGCAAACAACUUAAAAUGUCGAGCGAAGACCAAAGCGUACGUGGCUUAUUUGCGAAAGCGGAACGCGAUCGGGAAGAGCUGGGACGGUCAUACGAGCCGAACAGCCCGACAUACCAGGAAACCCUCGAGAAGGCCAUCGCCACGUACAUUCAAUGUCUGAAGAAGACCGAGGACUUCUCGCUAUUCAGUCCGAACGAGACACUUGAGGAUAUCUCUUCGUCUGAUAUUCAAUACAUGUCCAUCAACUAUCAUUUGGCUGAGCUUAUCCAAAAGGUCUUCACCCCAGAGGUCUCAGCACGAAAAGAGCAUCUUCUGCAAGCAAGAGCUCGGUAUGAGCUGUUUUUGAAACUGUUGGACUCGUAUGACGUGCUAAGUAAGGGGGAUGCAAAGCUCUUCGAGUCGUACAACGAAGAUAAGCGGAACUUCUCUACAGUCAGCUCGGUGGAUGCCGCCGCAAGAAGAGAUGUAAAAAUUGCGAGAUUUAGAGAAGAGAAGGAACUGAAACGAAAGCUCGAGUAUCUCAAGCAGAACCCCAAACUUGCGGAGCAAGAUGACCAAGUUGUUCGGGACUUGAACCUUACAAACAUCGCCUUUAUGGUGCAUCAAACGUUCCAGUCGCUCGAGUCCCUUGCCCAGGAACUGCACAUUAUCUCGCUCGCGCCGCCUGCACCUCCACCAGGCCAAAGUGCGCGCCCACAAGAUGGUCGGGAAGAUGGAAGAAAUAAGGACGGCUACUCCGAACGUCUCGACGGACAAGUCGGUGGUCUUGGGUACUCUGGACCUAUCCUCAGCAGUGACGGCAAGCCGAUGCGACCGUUCACACUUCUCGACAACCGCCAGACCCUCAAGAAGAACGUCUUUCGCCCCGAUCACAGCUUGCCGACUAUGACGAUCGACGAGUAUCUUGAAGAGGAGAAACGUCGUGGUGGGAUCAUCGAAGGUGGAGGACCGCAGUCUGAGAUUCGACCUGAACCUAAUGAGGACGAUCUCGACGCAGCCGACGCUGAGACGAUGAAGGCUCGUGCAUGGGAUGAGUAUGUCGAAGAGAACCCCAAGGGCUCCGGUAACACGCUCAAUAGGGGCUAAGCACCAUUCAUUGUUUGACAAGAUACCCAGUAAUGAAUUCAAGAUACCGAGUUAGCAUUCCCAGGACCUCCUGUGCGAUCUAUAGACGGUCUGGAGCUAGCCCAGGCCAUCUUGCGAGCACCGCCUCGUAAAGUC